AUGAAUUAUGUCAGCGCGACUACUUGUAAUUAACUGGCUGGGAGCAAAUAGUAUCUAUGCUAUUACUAAAACAGAUAUUGUCCAGCUACAAAUGGCACUAAUUGUGAACCUGUUGAUUAACUCUAAGCUUGCUCCUCAUUUGACAUUAUCACAUAUAGUCGAUUAACGUGCAGUGCUUUAACAAAUUAAGUAGAAUGCACUGCAGGAUUCUAGACUUUUGGACCGUAUCUAACUCUUUUAUUAAAAAAUGAAAUGACUAAAUAUUUUGACUCUAAAAAAUGUAGUUGGAUGUUCUUGGAAUUUCAAAAUACUUGUGAAGAUUAUUCACCAUCUACACAAAAUUAUUUGAAUUGCUACCCUUUUAAUAGAGGAACAUACAAUUGGGAUAACAAAGAUGUGAAACAUGGAUCUUGUGUGCCUUGCUUCCAAGAAUUGCUAAUAGUGACUAUUUUGAUUUCAAUGAUUAUUUGA